UCAAAAGCCGAAAAAAAUCCUCUUUUGCUCCAUUUCUAUGUAGAUUACCACAUUGUGGAAACCCCAAAACUUUCUCUUUUAGAAUUGAAAAUAAUCACAACAUUUUCAACUCUCAAAGAUUUUACAACAAUGUUGAUGAUUACAUGGUAGAGAAAGUGAUUGAAGGCCUAAAAAUAGUGAAAGAUAGGUUCUUUUUUGAGGCAGGGGGAAAAACUAGUUCAAUUCUUGAAGUGUCAUCAUCAACAUUGUCAAAGAGUAAUAUUAGUACUAGUGGUAAUGGGCUCAAGUUUCUACCAUUUAAUGACUCAUGUGUUAUGAAUCCUUAUGGGGAAGAAACUAGUUCAAUUCUUGAAAUGUCAUCAUUAAUAUUGUCAAAGAGAAACAAUAGUACUAGUAGCAAUGGGGUCGAGUUUCUACCAUUUAAUGACUCAUGUGUUAUGGAUCCUUAUGGGGAAGAAACUAGUUCAAUUCUUGAUGUCAUGUCAUCACCAACAUUGUCAAAGAGUAAUAAUAGUACUAGUAGCAAUGGGCUCGAGAUUCUACCAUUUAAUGACUCAUAUGUUAUGGAUUCGAUGGAUCCUUAUGGGGAAGAAACUAGUUCAAUUCUUGAAGUGUCAUCAUCAACAUUUUCAAAGAGUAAUAAUAGUACUAGUAGCAAUGGGCUCGAGGUUCUACCAUUUAAUGACUCAUGUGUUAUAAGGCUAUCGAGUGAGAGGGAUCUUUAUGAGAGUUUCAAGGGAUCAAUGGUAAGAAUGAUUGAAGCAAAAAAAGGGAAGAAAGAUUGGGAGGAGUAUAUUGAAGAGAUAUUGGAAUGGUAUUUGGUGGUUAAUGAGAAAAGCAUUCAUAAGUAUAUUAUUGGUGCAUUUUGUGAUUUGUGGAUGUACUAUGCAUCUACUUCAAGAACAUAUACUCCAAUUUCAUUCACUAAUUCUCCAUUCUCAUUUAGUUUUGAUGUUCCUCCUAGUCCUUCUUUUUUGGCUUUGGUAGAAGCUAAGGCUGAUCAGAUAAUUGCAACAACGACAACAACAUCCAGUGUAAUUUCAUGGGGGAUUUAGGUAGGGUAGGGUAGGAUUUAGACACACUUUAUUCUUAUAGUUUAUGAGGUUAAAAGAUUGUUUCUGAUAGAUUCCCGCUCGAAAGAAAUGUUUUCGAAGCGAAGGCUGAG